AUGGAGAAGAAGCCAGAAAAAGGCUACCACCCAGUGGUCUUUGAGGCCAAGACCACCAUCGGAGGAGUAUGGACCAAGACAGUAGAGACCACCAAGCUUCAGACCCCAAAACAUUUCUAUCAGUUCUCUGAUUUUCCAUGGCCCAACUCAGUCACAGAGGUCUUUCCUACCCAACCUCAAGUCUUUGACUACCUUCAGUCCUAUGCUGGUCACUUUGGUCUGCUUGAACAUAUCAGAUUUGGCUGCAAAGUGGUCGGUAUUGACUAUGAAGGGAUGGCGGCGGAGGCGGAGAUGGAAGGGUGGGGGGUUUGGGGUGGCACAGGUGAAGCCUUUGGGUCUGGAAAAUGGAGUGUUACAGUUCAGGACACCCAAAGUUCUUCCACUGAGGUUCAUCAAUUCGAUUUUAUGAUCCUAUGUGUGGGAAGGUUCAGUGGGAUACCAAACAUACCAGAAUUUCCAGAAGGGAAGGGUCCAGAAGUGUUUGAUGGGAAGGUGAUACACUCAAUGGAGUAUGCUACCAUGGAUUUUGAAGCUGCUAAACAACUUAUAAGAGGAAAGAGAGUCACUGUUGUUGGCUUCCAAAAACAUGCUCUUGACAUUGCAAUGGAGUGCUCUUUACAAAAUGGGGUGGAAAAUCCAUGUACAGUGUUAUACAGGAAUGAACACUGGAAUGUGCCUGAUUACAAUCCAUGGGGAGUCUCACUUGCAUAUUUCUACUUCAAUCGCUUCUCUGAACUUUUGGUUCAUAAGCCUGGUGAAGGAUUUUUCCUUACUCUCCUGGCUACAUUGCUUUCACCUCUGAGAUGGGGAUUUUCAAAAUUUGUUGAAACCCAUAUAAAACGAAAGCUUCGACUAGCAAAGUAUGGAAUGGUUCCCAAACACAGUUUCUUGAAAGAAAUCAGUUCUUGUUUGAUCUCAACCGUCCCUGAGGGCUUCUACGAUGCAGUUGAGAAAGGAAGCAUCAUAUUGAAGAAAGCUCCGAGUUUCGGAUUCUGCAAACAAGGCAUACUUGUUGAUGGGGAAGUCGAACCUCUAAAGACAGACAUGGUCACACUGGCUACUGGGUUCAGGGGACUUGACAAGCUCAAAGACAUUUUUGCCUCCCAAACCUUUCAAGAACAACUAGUUGGGUCCCCUCACAAAACAGUCUCACUCUAUAGGGAAUGCAUUCAUCCCAGGAUUCCACAGCUAGCCAUAAUUGGAUUCUCAGAGAGCAUUUCAAACCUUCACACCUCUGAGAUGAGGUGCCGGUGGCUAGCAGAGCUGCUUGCCGGCACGUUCAAGCUCCCCGACAUCAAAGACAUGGAGAAAGACAUAACAAAAUGGGACCGAUACAUGAAAAAAUACUCGGGCAAGUACUACCGGAGAUCAUGCAUAGGGGCUCUUCAUAUAUGGUACAAUGAUCAACUCUGCAAGGACAUGGGUUGGAAACCAAAGAGGAAGAAGGGGUUCAUUGCUGAGUUGUUUGAGCCCUAUGUCCCCAUGGAUUAUGCUCAUCCUUAGAGAUUGAGAUGUACUGAAAAUGGGUUCGGUUUCAUGAUUGUUUUGUGUAUGUGUUUGUAAUUUGAUGAUAUUUGAAGCCUGUAGUGAAACUGAGAACAAAGUUGGUUGUGAAUACUCUCUGAUGAUGUACACCAGCUGUUGUGUUUGAAUAAAGUUGGACAACUUGGAUG